AUUCUGUCUGCCAUUUAAUUUAUACACAAGCUGAUUAUUAUGAAACACCAUAAACAUUUAACAGCUGAUCGAUUAUCAACAAAAUUUUUUCAUUAAUUUACCGAAAAAAAAAAAAUAAUUUGACCUAGCACGCCGAAAAAAAGCUCCCCUUAAUAAAAUUGCAACUUCAGCAAAAAAAGAAAAAAAUUGAAAAGGAACACGUACCCUAAACAGCUUGUUAUAAAAAUAGCAUUGACAAAAGCCACGAAGGCAGCUAGAAAAAUUAAAUCUAUAGCUAAUUGUUUAAAUAUACCGUGAGUUCUAGACCAUGAAGACACGUUUAAGCGAAAGGUUAAAAAUAGUAACAUUUUCAUGGUCAUCGUUGUUGUUACUGAUAAGCAGCAGCUUUUGCAUUGCGUCUACUAAUGCUGCCGAUAAUAAAGACAAUAGUCUGCAGGUAAUCUAUGCUGUUAAUGCCGGUGGCUAUGAUCAUAUUGAUAAACAUAGUAUACACUAUGAAUCGGAUCCCUUAAAUGUGGGCACUGCCUCCGAUUAUGGUAAUCAUUUGUUGAUUAUUGGCAGAGUCCCCGAACAGGAUGAGGUUUUGUAUCGUACGGAACGUUAUCACACUGCCACUUUUGGCUAUGAUUUACCCUUAGAGGGGGAUGGUGAAUAUGCAUUGGUGCUGAAAUUCUGUGAAGUGUAUUUUAAUGAACCAAAUAUGAAGAUUUUCGAUGUUGUGCUAAAUCGUAAACACGAAGUAGUCUCCAAUCUGGAUAUUUUUGCUCAAGUCGGACGAGGUACUGCCCAUGAUGAAUAUGUCUAUUUUACCGUAACACGAGGCAAAUUACACUACAAAGAUGAAAUUUCCGAUAUACGCAAUAAUUUGGUGCGUUUGGAAUUCAUAAAGGGUUCCUAUGAUAAUCCCAAAAUCAAUGCCUUUGUUCUCUUCAAAGGCGAUGUCAGUAGAAUACCCAAAUUAAAACCGUUACACAAUGAGGCCAUCAUACAAGAUGUUGAUUAUAAAGAAAUGACCGAACAGCCUAUAACAACCACAGCGAGCAGCAUUAAGAAGUCGUCUAAUGUUAAAAGAUCUUUAGCAGAAGAAAACAAGAUACCAACACCCCCCUUAGAGGAGGAUAAUACUUUACUAAUGGAUGAUGAUGAAGAAGAUUUUGAUUUGUCAUUUACGGAUAAUCGUAAAAAUAGUAAAACAAGUGGUCCACGUCAACCCAAUCCCUAUACUAUGGACGACUCGAUGGUUUUAAUGCCAGUUUUUAUAGCAAUUGGUUGUUUUAUACCCUUAUUGUUCUGUCUGUGUAAAUUAUGAGUUGAUUGAGGCUCUAACGAGAAUGACUUAUCUAUCUUAGCUUUAUUUAAACAUCGAUUUACUUUAUUUCCAAGCUGUGGAGUAUGGGAGCGUAAACCUAGGGUCCUGUAGUUUGCUGUUUAUUUUGUUUAAUUAUUUUCUUUAAAAAAAAACGCACAAAUUUUUAUUGUGUUCGAGUUCGAACAGAGAAAGUAGAUUAAAACUAACUUUACAAAUCUUUAUAAUAAUCUAAAAUUUCCUUUAAAUCAUUUUAAAUAUCUACUGCCUAUCGAAUAUUUCCUUUAAUAUGUUCUCUUGCUUUCCUGUUUGAACUCAGAAUUAUUAUAUGGGCUUUUUUCAGUUUUUUUAUAUCAUCAUUGUUGGUAGUUAAAAGUUGAUAAUAAUGACUUUCCCUUAAGUACUUAGCAUUUAAUUUUAUUAUUAUUAUUAUUAUAAUUAUUUUUUUAAUAAUAUAUUAUUAAAUAGAAAUUUUUUAUACUUUAAUGUUCCUUAUUAGGAUUUAUAUUUAUUUUGUUUACAAACUAAUUUAUUAAAGCACAAAUUUGUAUUGCACAAUUUAUUUUUGUCAGAAAUAUAAAUAAACGUUUAUGUUUAUUAGCCAGCUUUUAGUUUUAUAAAUUUAU